ACAUAUCGAUCUUAAGUUACGUCGCAGUUCACUUCUGCUUCUAGAAUGUACCUUGGCUGUCCUUGUUCAGUUCUGUCUGCUGACUGGUAAAAGUUUUGAACCGCUGAAAUAUAAUGGCAAGCGAAAUGUUGACCAAGUCCUGCUGGGCAACACUCGGAAACAUCAGACGUAUCCACACUACUGCUGCCUCUGGACAACGUUUGAAGAAAUUCCUUGUGUACCGAUGGAACCCAGACAAGCCCGAAGAAAAACCCUCAAUGAAGGAAUAUGAGGUGGAUCUGGACACGAGUGGACCCAUGGUGCUUGAUGCCCUCAUUAAAAUUAAAAAUGAAAUGGAUCCCACCCUUACCUUCCGAAGAUCCUGCCGAGAGGGUAUUUGUGGAUCAUGUGCCAUGAACAUUCAGGGUACCAACACCCUUGCCUGUAUCAGCAACAUUGACAAGAAUCUCAACAAGCCCAUGAAGAUCUAUCCCCUUCCCCACAUGUAUGUUGUCAAGGAUCUUGUGCCAGACAUGAACAACUUCUAUAACCAGUACAAGUCUAUCCAGCCCUGGCUGCAGCGCAAGGACGAGCCUGAGAGUGGCACUGCACAGUAUCUUCAGAGUAUUGAUGACCGCAAGAAAUUGGAUGGUCUGUAUGAAUGCAUUUUGUGCGCCUGCUGUAGCACUUCAUGCCCAUCUUAUUGGUGGAAUGGUGACAAAUAUUUGGGACCUGCAGUGCUCAUGCAGGCAUACCGUUGGAUCAUUGAUUCACGAGAUGAGUCAACUGCGGCUCGUCUAGACAGUUUGAGGGAUCCCUUCUCUGUCUAUCGUUGCCACACAAUCAUGAACUGCACCCGUACUUGUCCUAAGGGCCUCAAUCCUGGAAAAGCAAUUUCUGAAAUCAAGAAGCUGCUGUCCGGUAUUGUGAAGAAGGAUAAGCCAGGUCUUGAUACUGCUGCUUUACACAAUUAGAUAAUUGGUGCAGGGCAACCAUAGGUUCCAGUAUUAUGGCACAAACCUCUUAGUACUUUAAUUACCAAUUCAUACUUGUCAAAUGGGUUUUAGGUUUGACAAAUAAUUUUUGUGUCUGCUGAAAAUUGCCUUUUAGUCCAAUGUUGGGUUGUAAAAACUGUUAAUUUUCUAGUAAGGUUUUUGGCUAAAACAGAUUUUACUGUUCCCACCAACUGAUAGCUU